GUCCUUAGGUACCAAAUAGUACCUCAGUUAAAAAGCGUCAAUGAAAUUUUACUAAAUUUGUAUUUUAACGAAGAAAAUCUGACUUUUAAGUAAGUUGCUUGCAAAAUUCACUUCACCAUUAGUAAUAAAGUCACAUCAAUAUUUCUUCUAAGUUUUAAAUCGACAUAAGCGUUGACUAAGUGGUUUAGUACCUAAUUGUCGAACAAAAAGGUGAUGCUUCAAGUGUUUCAAGUUUUUUUGACUGGGCUCUUACAGGAGGAUGUCUAAAACAAUCAACGCUUACAGAAUUAAAAGGAUAGAAAAUUUCGCUAAAAUGACCGCAAUGACUCAAGAAGAGAUCGUUUCUGCAGUUCGUACUGUAGCACAAGGAUUAGAAGCCCUUCGAACUGAACAUGCUGGAAUGUUGCAAGGCAUGCAAGAUAUCCCGGAUCCUGUUGCAUCUGAAAGGGUUGGAUUAGUUCAACAGAGUGCUGAAAUGAUUGAAUUGGGGCUUGGAGAAGCGCAGGUAAUUAUGGCACUGGCUUCGCAUUUACAAAUGGUUGAAGCAGAAAAGCAGAAAUUACGUACCCAAGUACGCCGUUUAUGUCAAGAAAAUGCGUGGCUACGUGACGAACUUGCUUCUACUCAACAACGUUUACAAGCUAGCGAACAAGCCGUAGCUCAGUUAGAAGAAGAAAAACGUCACUUGGAUUUUAUGGCCUCCGUUAGUCGCUAUGAUCAAGAUUUAAACGAAGAAAAUGCAUCAGAAAAUCCUAGAAAUGAGAAACCCGAUCCCGUUGUUGAUUUAUUCCCUGACGAUGACAAUGAAGAAAGAAGUGCAAUGUCCCCUACGCCACCAAGUCAACUGGCGCAGCAGGUUACUGCUGGAUAUGAAAUUCCAGCUCGUCUUCGUACAUUACACAACUUAGUUAUACAGUACGCUUCUCAAGGUCGUUACGAAGUUGCUGUACCGCUAUGCAAACAGGCACUUGAAGAUUUAGAAAAAACUAGUGGUCAUGAUCAUCCAGACGUUGCUACUAUGCUUAAUAUUCUUGCCUUAGUUUACAGAGAUCAAAACAAAUACAAAGAAGCUGCUAAUUUACUCAAUGAUGCAUUGGCAAUUCGCGAGAAAACACUUGGUGAAAAUCAUCCAGCAGUGGCUGCAACAUUAAACAAUUUGGCUGUAUUAUAUGGAAAACGAGGAAAAUAUAAAGAAGCUGAGCCUCUCUGUAAACGUGCUCUGGAGAUUAGAGAAAAGGUUCUGGGACGAGAACAUCCUGAUGUGGCCAAACAGUUGAAUAAUCUUGCAUUACUUUGUCAAAAUCAGGGAAAAUAUGAAGAAGUGGAACGCUAUUAUCAAAGAGCUUUAGAAAUUUAUGAACAACGGCUUGGUCCAGAUGAUCCCAACGUAGCAAAAACCAAAAACAACUUGGCUUCUUGUUAUUUAAAACAAGGAAAAUAUCGAGAGGCAGAAGUCCUUUACAAGCAAAUAUUAAAUCGAGCCCAUGAGAAAGAAUUCGGAGCUAUUGAUGGUGACAACAAACCCAUUUGGCAAGUGGCAGAAGAACGAGAAGAGAAUAAAGCCCGCAACAGAGAAAACGCUCCUUAUGGGGAAUAUGGAGGGUGGCAUAAAGCUGCUAAGGUUGAUUCUCCUACUGUUACAACAACCCUUAAAAAUCUUGGAGCUUUGUACCGUCGACAAGGAAAAUACGAAGCUGCUGAAACUUUAGAAGAUUGUGCUCUUAGAAGCCGGAAAGAGGCUCUGGACAUAGUAAAACAAGCUAAGGUGGCAGACAUACUAGGUGACGGAGACAAACGUAAAUCUAGUGGCAAAGAGAAAACUUCUCACCGAGGCUCCAAAGAAUCUCUUGACAUGGCUUUUGAUGGAGAUGAGCAGUUAAAUACCGCCCGCACGCCAGAUGCAGAAAAAGGUGGACUGAAAACCAAACUAUUUAACGCUUUGGGUAUAAAUUCGCCAACUAACAAGUUCGGUUCUUAAAAGCAUGUAUAUUGAAAACAAAAAUGUAUGAGU